AUGGAUUUAGAGAACAACACUCAUAUAUCAGUAUUUCUGCUUCUGGGAAUUUCAGAGGACCCCACAAUCCAGCCAGUCCUCUUUGGACUGUUCCUGUCCAUGUACCUGAUCACUGUGCUUGGGAACCUGCUCAUCAUCAUGGCCACCAUCUCAGACUCCCACCUGCACACACCCAUGUACUUCUUCCUCUCCAACUUAUCCUUUGUGGACAUCUGCUUCCCCUCCACCACUGUCCCAAAGAUGCUGAUAAACAUCCAGAUACAGACCAAGGUCAUCACCUAUGCAGACUGUAUCACCCAAAUGCUUUUUUUCACACUCUUUAUAACAUUGGACAUCUUUCUGUUGACUGUGAUGGCCUAUGACCGCUGUGUGGCUAUCUGUCACCCCCUGCAUUACACAAUCACCAUGAAUCCCAGGUUCUGUGUGCAGCUGCUCCAGGCAUCCUGGAUAGCAAGUGUCCCUAAUUCCCUGAUACAUAGCUUACUAGUGCUGCGACUGUCCUUCUGUGCUCACUCGGAAAUCCCACACUUUUUCUGUGAAGUUAAUCAGGUGGUCCACUGUGCCUGUUCUGACACCUUUGUUAAUGAUCUGCUGAUGUAUUUUACAUCUCUAAUACUGGGUGGUGGUCCCUUUGCUGGCAUUCUUUACUCAUACGUUAAGAUAUUUACUUCUAUUCGUACAAUCUCCUCAGCUCAGGGGAAGCAUAAGGCAUUUUCCACCUGUGCAUCUCACCUCUCAGUUGUCUUCUUAUUUUAUUGCACAAGCUUAGGUGUGUACCUUAGUUCUUCCACAAGCCAAGACUUAUACUCAAGUGCAAGAGCCUCGGUGAUGUACACAGUGGUCACCCCCAUGCUGAAUCCCUUCAUCUACAGUCUGAGGAAUAAGGAUGUAAAGAGAGCUCUGAAAAGACUUUUUGAGAGAGAAAUUAUAAGCAUGCCAUUUGUGCUGAGACUAAACAAGUGCCCAUGA